AAUAAAAAUCAAGAAAGGAAAAAAAAAUCAGAUUCGCUUCUUCGUCCUACACUGUCAGCGGUGCCCUUUCUUUCUUUAUAUUCUAUUCCUUCAAAAUUCCAGUACACCGGUUGUCUCUAUUUUAUUAGUAUAUAUGUGUAUAUGCAUCUGUGAUUUGUAUAAUUACAUGACCUAGACGGUGAUUGAGGAAUUUAAUUUACUACUAUCAAUCAAGUAUCGUUUUCUCAAUCGGUCUAGCAGAGAUGGGUGAGAACUCCCAUGGAACCACGGCCGAAGAAGUAUCUAGACUGGUCGAGUUAGCCAAAGAGUUACAGGACUCAGCUUCGUCCCUAAUUUCAAGAACGUCGCGGGACGAAGAAGCUCUUCGAUUGCGAGCCCUCGCGCUGGAUUCCGAUAUCCACCGACUCCGUUCCUCCCUCAAGAAAGCAGACUUCAAUUCCCAAGAGGCCGAAAAAUUGCAAGAAGAGGUAUACAGAGCUAGCUAUGCAUUAAGUGAAGGAGAUGCGGCAGCAUUUCUUCCGAGUAAAUCUCAAGGAAGGUUUUUGAGAAUGUUUCUUGGUCCAAUUAGUGUUCGCACCACUCGGAAGGAUAUUAAACUCAAAGUGAAAGAGGAAUACAAUGCUUUCAGAGAUAGGACUGCACUUCUGUUUCUGUUUUUCCCAUCUCUGAUACUGGUGUUAAGGUCUUGGAUUUGGAAUGGAUGCUUACCUGCAUUUCCAGUUCAGCUUUAUGAGGCAUGGUUGUUAUUUCUCUACACAGGUUUGGCUUUGCGGGAGAACAUAUUGAGAGUGAAUGGAAGUGAUAUUCGUCCAUGGUGGGUAUGGCAUCACUACUGUGCUAUGACUAUGGCACUCAUCAGUCUCACAUGGGAGAUAGAAAGGGGCCCAGAUUGUGCCCGGAAGCAGAGAGGGGUAGAACUAUUCCUGCAAUGGGCUAUUAUGCAAGGUAUUGCAAUGCUUCUGCAGAAUAGAUACCAAAGGCAAAGACUCUAUACGCGUAUUGCACUCGGCAAGGCCAGGAGAAUGGAUGUUGUGUGGGGAGAAACUGCUGGAGUAGAAGGGCAAUUGUUGCUGCUGUGCCCAAUACUAUUCAUCUUGCAGGGUUUUGAAGCAUAUGUUGGAAUAUUGUUACUUAAAACUGCUUUUGAUGGUGUUGUUUCUGAGUGGCAGGUAGUUACCUGUGGAAUCCUCCUGAUUAUUAUGGCUGUUGGGAAUUUUUCAAAUACUGUGCAGACACUCAUGUCAAAGUCUCGGUUUAAAGCAAAAAUGAAGAGAAAUAAGAGCAAGUCUGAACUAAAUCCUCAAACCCCUUCUUAAGCGUUCGUGAUUUGGGAGACCGUCUCAUCUUUGGUAAAAUAUACGGUAAUGGGCCUGGGCACAUGGAUAUGACAAGUCUUUUGCAACCCAUUCUUACCUCGACACCUUCUCACCUAUAAAUGAGUAUCGAUUCUCACAAAAUCGAAGGUUUUUGUUUUUCAACACCGUCAAGUCUUAAAAUCAAUAAUACAUCUGGUUUUGUGUGCACAUGUUCUUGUGGAUUUUUAACGCUUUCAUGCGAAGAGCAUAGGCACUAGAUUGUUAAUGUGUAAAAGUUUAUGUAUAAACCUUCUUACAUGUUUUUAUAACGGAACUUUGAAGCGUUUCACUCU